UGGUGGUUAGCUGCUGUGCCAGUUGAUGUGUUGAGUUUGCCUGCCGGUACCAGGCUGUUGUUCCUGUCAGGGAGCUGUAGUAGAAUGUCAGAGGUUAGAUGAAGUUAGCCUACUUUUUGGGGUAAAAGCAUCAAGGAUUUAAAGCCAGAAAAGGAGUUUGAGUUAACUGGUGUAUAUCGUGCUGGGCAAAACCAGGGAUGGGUACAAUCCCAAACGAGAUCCGGAGACUUUUGGAUGAUUGUGAGUUGUUUGUGGCGGAGAUCCUUCAGGAUGAGAACCUAAGUGAAAAUGCCGAAGAGACUCGGCAGGUCCUGCUGAAUAACUUCAGGGUUGCCCAUGUAAGGAAUCCUCAGGAAUUUCCAUUAAGAUUUGACUACAGGGACGAAGAGGGUUCUGAUGACAACCACAGUUCCAGUCUGGGUCGUUCUGCUCCUUCGGAUGAUGCCUCGGUGUCAGACUACCAGGAUGAUGGAGUCCCUGAGUCAGAUUUAGGCGACAUACCUGCAAUUGGAGUCCAGGACCUUAGCAACAUCUUAAAGCAAGGCUAUCUGGAGAAGAAACGAAAAGAUCACAGCUUCUUUGGCUCAGAGUGGCAGAAAAGAUGGUGUGUCCUGAACAACACUGUAUUUUACUAUUUCGGGAGUGAAAAAGAUAAACAGCAGAAAGGUUCGUUUUAUAUCGGUGACUAUAGUGUGCAGAUGGUGAACAAUCUGAGAAAAGACUCCAAAAAAAAUGCCUGUUUUGAGUUCACAGCUCCUGGACGGCGAGCCUUCCAGUUCACAGCCAGCAGCCCUCAAGACGCCCGAGAGUGGGUGGACCAAAUUACUUUUGUUCUGAGGGAUCUCAGCUCCAACGUCAUCCCUGUUGAUGACGAUGAGAUUGAGGAUGAGUAUGAUGACAUCGAGGGCGUGGUCAGCCCGCCUCCUCUAUCAAUGGCUCAGGCCUCACAAGCCAGCAAGGAAAUAGGAAGGCAAGAAACUCAUGAGCAUGAAGAUGACGAAGAUGACAUCUAUGAGGCCAUUGGUGAUGAGCAAGACGAUGAAGAUUUUCAAGAACAAGUGGAUGAGGAUGCUGAGAAGAACAAUCAACCAGCCUGUUCAUCAGAAUUUGCUAACUACUACCAGGGUUUGUGGGACUGCCAGGGCGAUGAGGUGGAUGAGCUGGACUUCAAGAGAGGAGAUCUCAUCUACAUCAUUAGCAAGGAGUACAACAUCCACGGCUGGUGGGUUGGCGAACUGAACGGCACCAUGGGUAUCGUCCCCAAGGACUUCCUGCAGCCUGCCUACAUCCUCUAAGCUCCCACAGUCUUAUCGUUGACACACCAGACUGAUGCUGACAUUUUUCCUCACUUUUUAUGAUGUAAAUGCUUCAUGAUUCUCCUUGUUAGUAGAUCCUCCUGUACCCCAUAAACCACAUUUAUAUGUCUGCAGACUCAUUUGAUGUGAAAGCUAGAACUGUCAUUUUGGAUGUAUUUAUCUAGAAAUAACUGAUGCAAAUUGAAACAUUUAUCAAACAUCAGAAUAAGUAACAUGUGUAAUAUUACUGCCUUAAAAUAUUUCUAUUACUUAAUUUUGAAUAUUUAGUAGAGAAUUAUGUGCAUGUUAAAUACUUGGAAUAAAGCAACAAAGUUUCAGAAAUUAAAA